AAGGGAUGCGCCUAAUGUGAGGAUAUGUUCAGAGUCGGGAACGCGCACGCAGGUCUCUGCCCUAAUGCGGGGCAAGAGCUGAAAGGAAGACAGCUCUGAAAAGGCUGUCAUAAGAGAACUGGUACCUACACCAUACACGGGGCUUGCUUUCAAGAAAAACAGAGGUCAAUAUCGACCUAUGGUGUGAAAAACGAAAAACACCGCUUCCUUCUCCUUUGUGAGAGCAUUCAUUGUGCGGGUUGAAUCCACUCCCAUCACCUCGGCUGAAUUACGCCCGUACAUUGAUCAGCAGCUCUCCCUUGAACAGAUGCCCUCAUAGCGUUAAGCUCAAUCGUUGCUCCACUCUGGAUUUAAGAGCAGUACCCUUGCGCUGGAAGCAGCGGUCAUCAGCGCUCUUUCUAACAUCAGCACCAAAGCUUGCCACCUUCGCCUUUUCCACACAGGUGCAAGGUGGAAGCUGCAGAGCCACGGAGGGGAGAGCAGCACUAUAGGAGCGAGUCCCAACAGACGGACCCCGAAAACUGCGUUGGUACCUAACAGAAGGAUAUGACAGAUUUUCUAGAAAGGAGGUUAACGGUGAUCCACUACUACUGUCUCGGAAGCAACAUGCCAUCAUGUUUAGUCCUUCUCCUGCUCUUUCUCCACCUAGUCUGCACUAUUAAAGUUCCACUGGACCCAAACAUUCAGCGAGACCUAAUACAGCCCCCAACCAUCAUCAAGCAGUCAGCAAAGAAUUAUAUUGUAGAUCCCCGUGAUAACAUCCUAAUUGAGUGUGAAGCUCAGGGGAAUCCUUACCCAAUGUUUUCAUGGACAAAAAAUGGGAAAUUUUACAAUGUGGCAAAAGACCCUCGAGUGUCAUUCCGUCGACGAUCAGGCACCCUUGAAAUAGAAAUUCAUGGAGGAGGGCGGCCAGAGGACUAUGAGGGAGAAUACCAAUGCUCUGCCCGCAACCAACAUGGAACAGCUUUAUCAAAUAAGAUCUUACUUCAAGUCUCUCGAUCCCCUUUGUGGCCCAAAGAAAACCUUGACCCGGUGGUGGUAAAUGAAGGUGCCUUCUUGAUCCUUCAGUGCAAUCCCCCACAUGGACUUCCUCCUCCAGUCAUAUUUUGGAUGAGCAGCUUGAUGGAGCCUAUUGUCCAGGACAAGAGGGUUUCUCAGGGACUGAAUGGGGACCUUUAUUUCUCCAACGUUCUGCGCCAGGAUACUCAGACUGAUUAUAGCUGCAAUGCACGCUCCCAUUUCACACACACCAUUCAACAGAAGAACCCAUAUACUCUAAAAGUGCUUACCACCAGAGGGGUACCUGAGAGAACCCCAACCUUCUUGCUUCCCACGGGGACUUCUAGCAGUAAACUGGUGUUACGCGAUGAGGACUUGCUACUGGAGUGUAUUGCUUCUGGAGUACCAACGCCAGACAUCAUGUGGUAUAAGAAAGGAGGAGAGCUACCCAGCAGGAAGCUGAAGUUUGAAAAUUUUAACAAGACUCUACGCAUAAUUGGAGUGUCUGAAGAGGACUCGGGGGAGUAUUUCUGCCAAGCUUCAAACAAAAUGGGCAGCAUUCGGCACACGAUUUCUGUUCGGGUUAAGGCUGCUCCAUAUUGGCUUGAUGAGCCCAAGAACUUGAUUCUUGCACCAGGUGAGAACGGACGUUUGGUAUGUCGUGCCAGUGGCAGCCCCAAACCUACAAUCCAAUGGUUUAUGAAUGGAGAUGCUACUGAAGUAGGUGCCCCAAAUCCCAACUUCGAAAUCGCUGGUGAUACCAUUAUUUUUAGAGAAGUACAGAGUGGCAACAGCGCUGUAUACCAAUGCAAUGCUUCUAAUGAACAUGGUUAUCUGUUAGCUAAUGCCUUCGUCAGCAUUCUGGAUGUUCCAUCUCGGAUGUUGGGCCCUCGUAAUCAGCUGAUUCGAGUGAUAGAAUACAACAGGACCCAGCUAGACUGCCCUUUCUUUGGCUCUCCUAUACCUACACUCCGCUGGUUUAAAAAUGGACAGGGUAGUAACCUCGAUGGUGGCAAUUACCGGGUGCAUGAAAAUGGGACCCUUGAGAUUAAUACUGUGAGGAAGGAGGACCAAGGCAAAUACACAUGUGUUGCUACCAAUAUUUUGGGCAAUGCUGAAAAUACUGUGCGGCUGGAGGUCAAAGAGCCAACUCGUAUUGUAAAGGGCCCUGAAGAUCAGAUUGCGAAGAGGGGCUCUUCUGUGCAUCUGGACUGUCGAGUGCGCAGUGACUCCUCACUCAGACUCACUGUUACCUGGAUAAAAGAUGACACUCAGUUGUAUAUAAACAGCAGAAUGAAGAAGGAUGAGGAUGGACUUACAAUAUUCGGUGUGGCAGAAAAGGAUCAGGGAGCAUAUACAUGUGUUGCUAAAACUGAAUUAGACCAGGACUCUUCUAAAGCUUAUCUCACGAUACAGGAAACUUCCUCACCUACUAGCCGACUGACCUCCCAGCUUAUAGACAAACCAGACCCCCCACAGGACCUGGAGCUAACUGAACCAUCAGUUAGGAGUGUUCGCCUCACCUGGGUUCCAGGGGAUGAUAACAACAGUCCAAUUACAGGUUUCAUUGUACAAUUUGAGGAAGACAGGCAUCAGCCCGGUACAUGGCACAACCUUGCCUCUGUCCCUGCUAAUGUGAACUCUGUCAUACUGCAGCUUUCUCCUUAUGUCAACUACCAGUUUCGUGUUCUUGCACUAAAUGAACUUGGGAGCAGUAUGCCAAGCCCAUCUUCAGAACGUUUUCAGACAGCAGGAGCACCUCCAGAAACUAAUCCAGGUGAUGUGAAGGGAGCAGGGACUAGCAAAAACAAUAUGGAAAUCACAUGGACACCACUGAACUCCACUCAGGCGUAUGGUCCAAACCUGCGCUACAACGUGAAGUGGCGCCAACGUCACACAGGAGAACCUUGGAGCAAUAUUACAGUGUGGGACAACAAGCAUGUGGUGUGGAAUACACCAGUAUACACCCAAUAUGAGCUAAGAGUUCAGGCGGAAAAUGAAUUUGGAAAGGCUCCAGAGCCAAGCACCAUGAUUGGAUAUUCUGGUGAAGACUAUCCUAAGGCUGCACCCACUGACAUUAAGCUUCGGGUCAUGAACAGCACCGCCAUCUCUCUUCAGUGGACACGUGUGGCACCUGCCUCUAUCCAAGGAAGCCUACUGGAAUACAGAGCUUAUUUUUGGAGAGAAAGUAGUUUGCUGAAGGGUGUCUGGGUCUCACGAAAGAAGCAACAACAGAGUUUUAUGGGGGACCGUGUGAGAGGCAUCGUAUCUCAACUGAUUCCAUACAGCAUCUACAAGCUGUACUUGGUGGCAGUGAAUGGCCGAGGGGAUGGCCCCAAAAGUGAUGUUAAGGAAUUCACAACCCCAGAGGGAGUGCCGAGUGCUCCUAAAUACUUUAGAGUAUAUGAGCCAAACCGGGAAAUGAUUGUUGUUGAAUGGGGUCACCCAGAGCACCCGAACGGAAACUUGACUGCAUACAACCUCCGCAUCCAACCAUUUAAUGGCACCAGAACAGGGAAGGCUGUAUUUGAAACUCUUUCACGUAAUCAAACCAAAUAUACCCUGCAAAGAACAGAUCCCGUGUCCCGGUAUCGGUUUGCUAUCAAUGCCAGAACGCAGGUUGGUGCAGGGGAAGUCAUCACAGCUGAGUCUCCUGUCAGACUGGAUGAAGUUUCUCCCACGUCAGUGUCUUCUAAGUCUCCUGCACCUGUCACAGAUGCUCCCACAGAGGUCCCAACUAUUCCCCCAACCUCAUCUGGUGCCACCACUCUUCUAGCUACAACCAGUACAACCAGUGUCACAACGACUACUGCUGGUACAGAAAGUUCGCUGGUCGCCAUUACUAGAAUUCCUAAUAUAGCCACCACUGGACCAUCUCUAUGGAACCUAACAGCAUUACCCAACACUUACUGGGCAAACAUCACCUGGAUGCAUAACUUAGAGCCAGGCUCUGUGUUUAUGGUUGAGUAUACUGACAGUAAUAAUACAGUGAAAACUGUUCCUGUUAAGGCUCAUGUCCCUUCUAUCCAACUGUUUGAUCUGGUGCCUGGGAUGACCUACAGGGUGCGGGUUUACUCCCAGGAGCACCCGUCAGUCACAAGCCUAUAUGUGACAUUUGAUACCAGCUCAGCUUACACCAAGAACCAAGUUGACAUUGCUACACAAGGCUGGUUUAUUGGGCUCAUGUGUGCAGUUGCUCUACUGGUACUGAUUUUGCUGAUCGUUUGUUUUAUCAAAAGAAGCCGAGGAGGCAAAUACCCAGUGCGAGAAAAGAAGGAGGUGGCGUUGGGACCAGAUGAUAACAAAGAGGGGGAUGGCUCAUUUGACUACAGUGAUGAGGACAACAAGCCCCUGCAGGGUAGUCAAACUUCGCUGGAUGGAACCAUAAAGCAACAAGAGAGUGAUGACAGCCUUGUUGAUUAUGGAGAAGGAGGAGAGGGGCAGUUUAAUGAAGAUGGAUCGUUUAUAGGGCAGUAUACAGUGAAAAAGGACAAAGAUGAGACUGAGGGAAAUGAAAGUUCAGAGGCCACAUCUCCUGUAAAUGCUAUCUAUUCUCUGGCAUAGGACAAUGCCAAUUGCUAUACAUAUUUUGCUACCACAACCUCAGUUUCUAAAGUUCUCCAAAUCCUUAAGGAAGUGUUUUUGCCUGUGGAGGAGCACAGGGACAUAUUUAAACUACAAAAUCCAAAUGUGAUCUAUACAUUUAAGCAUCAACUUUCUGAGACCUAAAUUUUGCUUAUUCAGUAAUUAAGAAACCACCAGAUGGCUUUUUGAAGCGACUGAAGCUGCAUAUCUGCUGCCGCGUGUAUUGUUUUGGCAACCAGCAAUAUUGUUCAUGCCUGAAAUGCAGAUGUAUUUUCCUGAAUCUUACAUUGCAGCACAGAUAAUAGUAAUUCUAUUGGCCCUCACUAGGAUUGUUAGAGGGAGAUGCAGUAAAGUCAUGCUAUGUUUGAUUUCACUUCAAAAGAGGAUUGAUCAUGCUAUAAUUCAGUAGUUAUAUAUGAAAUAUCAGUUGCUUCUUUCAAUCUCAGAACUUGCCUCAUUUAAAGGUUACUUUUAAAUACUAAUUAAAGGGAAAUGGUGAGGGGCUUAUCAAGGCUGGGUAUUUAAAUGUAGAAUAUGAUUUCUCUGCCUGUAACCCAUCUUGAUUGAACAGUUUUUGCCCAUUGUUUUUAUGUCUAAUGUAAUUCCUCUUGGUGAAGCUGGUUGUUGUACCUAAUUAUUUCUCCUUACCUAUCCUUACCUAUCCUCUAUUAUUUUAUGCUUCAGGGUGUUUUGUUAUUAAAAAUGUGGGACUAUUAAAGGCAAUAAGGCACUUUGGGUUUUACACAAAUUAACUUAAUAGUACUUAUGUAAAAGGCCAAAGAUUGUCAUUCUCAUUGAAGACAGGCCAGGUAAAUUGUAAUAAAAAAGUGUUAAAAAAGACUGCAUCUGUCUGUGAGGUAGGUCAGCAUGUACUAGGAUCGGCCAUCUUGUAACCUACUAAGGAGUAGCCUCUUUUAGAUCACUUUACACUGUCCCUUGCACCACCAACUCUUAGAAGUUUAUGCCCUUGUACUUGAUGCUCACCUUAAUGCAAUAUAUGCAUCACCUAGCACUUCCACUUUGCAUCAAGUGAGUGAUGUGCAAGAAAUAGGUGUUCAAAAGAAAUGCUGUCUCUCAAAUCUCCUACAUUCACAGUUGGGUGCAAUUCUCCAUACUAGUGGCUCAAAGAAUUGGCAUCAGUGCAAGUUGCAAAGAAUAGAAGAGGUGUAUUGUGGGUUAAAAAAUGGUUCUUUGCACUUUUACCCUCUUUUGGUAGGCAUAAGUGCUUAAGUACCAGUGUUGCAAAAUUUGUACCCCACAGAGUGCCAUACACAUAACGCCUGCUACUUUUUAUAUGCAGUGCAAAAUGUGUUUUGUGUCUUUCUCCUGUUAGAGAUGUCUAUAUUCCACCACUCCCUGAUAGUGGCAGGUAACAUAUUUACACCAAGUACACCAGGUGGUCCUUUUCCCUAGUCCCCUUGUGCCACUAACAAUCUAUGCAGAAAAGAUGUCUGUUCUGUCCUGUGUUUUUUCUGCUUACAACAACAUUUUGAUCAUGUUUUAUUUUUAGGGUGUUAUGACAGGCAAAUUAAUGUUAACCUUGGUGUACAUGCAUUAUAACAUAUAUAAAUACACUGCGUGUGUAUAUAUAUAUAUAUAUAUAUAUAUCAGGGGGCUCAAACUCAAUUUACCUGGGGGCCGCAGGAGGCAAAGUUAGGAUGAGGCUGGGCCGCAUAAGGGAUUUCAC